CCAAAAGAAGUCAGUACGCUGUCAAAAAAAAAAAAAAACCCGAAACCCUGCAAAGUGCAAAGUGAUGAAGUAAAUUGCAGAGAGGCGAAUUUGAAGUUGAAACGAUAACAACAGCAGUGAGCAGCAUCAGUACCAAAUAAUCGUUCAUCGGAUAUGGCUUCCGUUGAAAGCAGAAACAAAUUGAUAGCUUCGGCUCUUUGCAAGCACCUUUCAUUGGAUCCUAGUAUUAUUCCUGCUGAUAGUUUAGGAAGCGAUGUUAAGAACCUUUAUUCGAACAUCAAAGCUGCAUCUGCAAAUGCUGUUAAUCAAAGUGAUGAGGUGCUGAAGUGGGUAGAAUUUGCAGAAGCUUUCCCCCUCACCCUCGAAUCAAACUUCGAGAAUCUCAAGACAUUGAAUGAUGAACUGUCUGUAAAGUCUGUGCUACUGGGAAAUGGAUUGAAAACCUCCGAAGCUGAUGUUAUAGUGUUUUCCGCGAUUCAUUCCUCCGUGAUCAACCUUUCAAAUCCAAACAAGGAAAAGCUGCCACAUGUGUUGAGAUGGAUGGAUUACAUCCAGCACAAGGAGGACUUUGUAGGUUUAUUUGAGAAAAUACCAUUGCAGAAGCCUGAAUUUGAGCCUCCAGUAAAUGUAACAAAACCAGCUGUUACUUCGGAAGCUGAUUCAAAAUCAACCAAAACUGAGCAAAGUGUAAAGAAUGUUAACAAGAAAGAACCAGACACAAGCAAUGGCAAAAGCAAAGCUGAUGUUUGUGAAUCAACCUCUGUGUGUGUGUGUGUGUGUGUGUGUGGCACUAAGGGAAAGCCAGCAGGAGACAAAGAAUCUACAAAAGUCAAGGCAAAACCUGCUGAAAAAGAAGUGCCUGAGAAAGACAAUGAACUUAGCGUCAGUUUACUUAAUAUUCAAGUAGGACUAAUCCGCAAUGCGUGGAAGCAUCCAUCUGCAGAUAGUUUGCUAGUUGAGGAGAUAGAUGUUGGGGAAACAAAAUUGCGGCAGGUUGUUAGUGGUUUGGCAAAGUAUUGUAGUCCCGAUGAGUUGACGAAUCGGCUUGUUGUACUUAUUACAAAUGUCAAACCUGGAAAACUACGGGAUGUGAUGUCUGAAGGACUGGUAUUAUGUGCUUCUAAUGAAGAUCACAGCAAGGUGGAGCCCUUGCUCCCUCCACAAGGAGCUAAAAUAGGGGAACGUGUUUCCUUUUCUGGGAUUGAUGGUAAGCCAGAAGAUGUACUUAACCCAAAAAAGAAACAGCUUGAGAAGAUCACACCGAAUCUCUUCACUGAUGAGAAGGGUGUGGCCACAUUCAAGGGAAUACCAUUUAUGACAUCUGGUGGACCAUGUACGUCAUCCAUUGCCAAGGCAACUAUUAAAUAAUAAUAAUGAUGAAGUCUGAAGAUAUGCCGCAUUCAUUGUUAUUGAUUACUCAGAUUGUCUGGUACCGCAAAAUAUUUUAGAAGUUUUGAACUAGUACUAGGACGUGAACAAAACGCAACUUCUCUACAAGUUUUUGUUGCAGAUGUAUAACAGGGUAUUAAAUGCGACAAGUAUGAUUUUGGAUCAAAGAAUGGAAAAUUAAUAUUGUAACA